AUCAUUGUGAUAAAAUGUCAAAAAAUCAGUUAAAAAUUUAAGGCAUCCGUGGAUUAUUUUUAUUAAAAUUCAAAGUUAAAUAGUUUGUGAAUAUUAGUCAAAGUGGCACGCACGGACGCCAGGUACCAAGUAUGGGAUAUAAGAUGCUCGAAAGAUGGACAAAGAACGUUUUUGAAAAAUUUAGACACCAAAGGAGCUAUAGUGAUCAACAGAGAAACUCGGAAUUCGAUGGAAGUCCUGGUGGAAGGGACUCGGACUAUGCAAGUGGAGAAACUCCUUCGGGAAAGAGAUAUCCGUUUCGAGGUCCUUGUGAGCGACACCAACGGGACCAGUGGGAUCCCGCGCCGUGUCCGCAGCCCCGCCUUGGGCAUCCGGCAACGAUCGCCUUUGAAACGUUAUUUGGAUUGGAAAGACUUUUAUCCUCUUAACAGCGUGUAUAGCUUUUUAGAAGAUUUAGAGACAAGUUUUCCAUCAACUUGUACUGUGACUGUUAUCGGAAAGUCAGUGGAGGGGAGGGAUAUAAAGAUGCUUAAAAUAUCAAAUAGCGAUGCUAACAAUACAGGAAUAUGGAUAGAUGGCGCCACACACGCGAGAGAAUGGAUCAGCACAUCAGUUAUCACUUACAUAGCUGAUCACAUAGCCAGGAACUUUGACAAGUUACCAGAAACCUGUACCACUAAAGACUGGUAUCUUGUUCCUGUAGUAAAUCCAGAUGGUUAUCAUUUCACGCAUACCGUCGAUAGGAUGUGGCGAAAAAACAGAGCACGUUUUGGAAGCACUAUCACAGGAGUUGACCUCAAUAGAAAUUUUGGUAAUUCCCAUUUUAGCUAUUACUGGGGACGAGGUGGUGGUGAGAAUUCGUCAGGUGACCCAAAUCACCUUAACUAUAGGGGCACUGAACCAUUUUCGGAACCUGAAACUACGGCUAUCAAGGACAUAAUUCUGUACUCAGGGACACCGUUUAAGAUAUUCCUGUCGUUGCACGCUUGCAGUGAAGUAAUUGCCUUUCCAUGGUGCCACACGGCUGAUCCUUGUCCUGAUUAUGUAAAUUUACUUGAGGGCGGAACUGCUAUGGCUAAAGCCAUCUACGAAAGCUCCGGCCGCAUGUAUAAAGUUGGUAACUUCAAGGAUAUCAUGUACUUCGCUUGUGGGACAAGUAUAGACUGGAGUUAUGGCACCGCUCGCAUACCCUUCUCCUAUCUUGUUGAACUCAGAAGUAAACAUGAUCGAUUCUUGUUACCGAAAGAGGAAAUUUUAGACUGCUGUAUUGAGAUACUCAGCGGUAUAAAAGCACUUAUCGAAUUUGUAGAUAAAAAGAAGUGUUUGAACUGUGCUGUUAAUGCGAAGAAGUUGCGUCAGUAAUUUUGACGCAAUGCUUAUUUGUAAUGUGCUUUUAAAGUGUUCGUAUCAGGUUUAUCGAUUGAUAAAUAAAAAUGAGAAACAAA